AUAAAUGCAUGCCAUCUAUCGUUUCCUAUAUAUAAAUAUGCAUCCUUCAUUUAUAUAUAUAUAGAAAUACAUUAUAGAGAAAAACUAGAAUAAUUACAGAAAUGGUAUCAUUCAUUGCUUAUAUUUCAUCUCUGUUCUUAAUAAUUUUAUGUCUUAAUUUUCAUCACCAGCAACAGGUUCUGGCGUUGGCUACCUCUGGAUCUGAUCAUGAUUUUAGGUACAUGAAAUCUGUGUAUGAUGCCACAGAGAUGUCAUUAGAGGAAGAAUAUUAUGACUACAUCAUAAUCGGCGGUGGCACAGCCGGGUGUCCCUUGGCUGCCACCCUAUCCGAAAACUACUCAGUUCUUGUCCUCGAAAGAGGCAGUGUCCCCACAUCAAACCCGAAUGUCUUGCACCUAAGUGGAUUUCUCGCAAAUCUCAUGCAAGAAGAAGAAGAAACUAGGGUUACCCCGGCCCAGAGGUUUACUUCUGAGGACGGGGUUGAGAAUGUGAGAGGUAGGGUUUUGGGAGGGUCCAGCAUGAUUAAUGCUGGCUUCUUUUCGCGAGGAGACGAGGGUUUCUACUCGAAAUCAGGAGUAAAAUGGGAGAUGGAUAGAGUUGAGAAGGCGUAUGAGUGGGUUGAAGAGAGUUUAGUGUUUCGGCCUAAGUUGCCCCUUUGGCAAUCUUCCUUUAGAGAUGCGUUGUUAGAAGUUGGUGUGGGUCCAAAUAAUGGAUUUGAUUUGAAUCACAAACUUGGUACUAAAAUUUCUGGCUCAACUUUUGAUGAAGUUGGGAGAAGACAUGGUGCUGUGGAGCUUCUUAAUAAAGGAAAUUUGAAUAACUUAAAAGUUGUUGUUCAUGCCACUGUGGACAGAAUCAUCUUCUCUACAAAAGUAUCAAGUAAUUAUCAUUCUGGCGAUGACAGUGAUCAGAACUCUCCAAAACCUUAUGCCAUUGGAGUGAUAUAUAGUGAUUCAAAAGGAAAAUCUCACACAGUGUUAGUUAGACACAAAGGAGAAGUUAUAUUAAGUGCUGGUGCAAUUGGAAGUCCUCAACUUUUGCUACUAAGUGGAAUUGGCCCACAUUCUUACCUCUCAUCACUUAAUAUCCCAAUAGUCCUUUCUCAACCUAAUGUAGGAGAUUUCAUUGCUGAUAACCCUCGUAACAACAUCAAUCUCAUAAUCCCAUUUCCAACUGAGCCUUCCGCGGUUCAAGUUGUAGGAAUUACAGACCAUUAUUUCAUGGAAACCAUCUCGGCUAAUCUUCCCAAUUCCCCAACUCCGUUACCUUUUAGUAUGUACCCUAAAUCCUCCACCGCGAAUUUGGGUAUGGCCAUCAUUUGCGAAAAGCUAAGGCAUCCCUUGUCGAGUGGCUCUCUAUGGUUGGCUUCAUCCAACGAUGUGAGAGUCACUCCGCAUGUGCGGUUCAAUUACUUCUCUCACCCUAAAGACCUCUCCCAGUGUGUUAGCGCGGUGAGGAAGAUCGGUGAGGUGUUAAGCAGCAAAUCUAUGGAACGAUUUAAGAUGGUUGAUUCUAAUGAAGAGAGAAAUUUUAUGUAUUUUGGGCCUUCUUUGCCGACGAAUCAGUCAGAUGAGUCGGCAAUGGAAGAAUUUUGUCGAAGCAGUGUGACAACCAUAUGGCAUUACCAUGGUGGAUGCACGGUUGGGAAAGUUGUCGAUGGUGAUUUUCGAGUUACGGGGGUUAAUUCGCUUCGCGUUGUGGAUGGUUCUACUUUUCGUGUCAGUCCCGGGACCAAUCCUCAAGCCACUACCAUGAUGUUAGGCCGGUAUGUUGGGCUUAAGAUGUUGCAGGAAAGGGAAGUCGAAGCAAAGGCAGAAUAAUAUCAUUACAUCAUAAAAUAAUGUUAUGAUGUUAUAAAUAUUAAUGUGCCAUAAAAUAUAAUUUGUUAAAAUGUAACAUUUAUUUGAAAAGUAUACAUCUAGUUUUUAUUCUGUAACUUUUGUAACUCCAACAAUAUAUAUUAAGUGUGUCAAUAAGAGUUACAUUUUAUCUUAAAUUUCAUGAAGUUAUAAAUUGGAGAUUUUUUUUCUUUUUUUGAAUUUC